AUGUACGCGAAUGAAAACGUUAAGAUUAGCAAUGUCACUUUCAACCUCUCCGGCGCGUCUGCUCGCGAGUACGCCAAGCUCGCGUACCAGCUCAAGUUCCCCAAGAAGAAUCGCCUCCUCGAUCUCGCCACGCUCAAGCUCCGCAGCGAAGAGACCGAUGCCACCAUGAUGCGCGAGAAGCUCUACGUCGACAUCCUCAAUUCCCUCGGUGUCCCCGCCCAGCAAGCUACUUAUGUCCGCCUCUUCCUCAACAACCAACCCAUCGGUCUCUAUGUUGCCAUGGAAGAGAUGAAGAAGCACUGGAUCAAGAAAGUCCUCCACCCCAACGUCAAGAAGGUCAAGGCUGGUGCUCUCUGGAAGAUGAACUCUUGCUGCGGAUUCGAAGGCAACCUUGAGUGGCUUGGACCCACCACCAAGAGCUACGUGGUGGAGGAUAUCUACAAGAACAUUCUGCCCGGAAAGAACCCCAAAGACGACCAGAUGGCUGACUUGAUUACCUUUAUGAAAGAUCUCAAGGACUUUGAUCCCAAGAAAGUCAAGGACCCCAUUGCCUACUGGGAGGAGAGAAUGGACCUAGAAGUUUUCUUGAAGAGCAUGGCGAUGGAGCACCUUGCUGGAACCUGGGAUGGCUACUGGAAGUCUGGCUCGAAUUACCAGAUCUACCACGACCCCAUCACCAACAAGUGGAUUUGGCUCCCUACUGACUUUGACGACACCUUUGGAACAUCCUUCGACGGCAAGAUCGAGUCCUACCGCGCGAUCCCCAAAAAGAACGAGGAAGGAUUCGAGUCCCCACUGGCCCAGAAGUUGAUCAUCGAGACCCCUCUGAUCAACGCCAGGUUUGAGCAGAUCCUCAAGGACACCAUCAACACUGUCUUCAAGCCCGAGGCCCUUGGCCCUCGUAUCGAGGGUUACAAGAAGAUGAUCCAGGAGGAUGUCGCCUGGGACCGUGCCCAGCCCCGAGUCUCUAAGGGCAAGAGCGAGAAGUUCACUAUUGAGGACUUGCAUAGGGGUCUCAAGACGGGUGCCAAGGGCAACUGGGGUUUGAUGAACUGGAUUGAGAAGCGCACAGAUGAGGUCCAGAAGAGUCUCAAGUUCAAGGUCCAGGCCGGUACUGCCAGCAAGGUUGCCCUCCACAAGAUGACCACGCUCAGCUCUCCCUUUGGCAUCGUUGCUGCCAAGCAGGCGACUACGGUUUCCCAGGUUGGAGUACCCGGUACAGGAGAUGACGUUAAGGAUGGCGCCCCUGCCGACGCUGUUCCCAUGAAGGAUGAUUCCUCUACGACCUUAUCAACCAACGGUGUUGCUCAGAAGUCUACCAAGACCGCCAGCGCUGCCCAGUCCUUGAAGAGCCAAUGGACUGUUCUCGGAGCCGUAGCCGCCGCCGUCUUUUUUGCCCUCUAA